AUGGAAGUAGAAACGGAUUCCGAUGUUCCUGAAUUCUCUUUACCUCCCAAAAGCAUCGUAAAACGACCCAAGAAAACGAUUAGAAAGAGGUUUAUAUAUCACAGCUGUUUAAAUCACAAUUUCGAUGAAUAUACGUCGGAAUAUACUCUGCUUUUGUCUUAAAUUACAUCAAUAUUUGAAGGCAAUGAUGACAAUUUAUUUAUGUUUUCAGAACUCGCUCAAGAUGGAGAAAAUAUUGUAAAACGUGUUGUCGUUAUUGUAGUGGUGUUCUACUGGCUCUAGUGUUGUGUGCGUGUGUAUUGAGUAUUGCGUUGUUGUUUUGGUUUUCUCUCAGAUUGUACAGAGAUGUUGAGAAUCUAAAUCGCCGACUUACUAUUGAGAUAAAUCGUG